AUGCCAAAGGAAAUCUACGUUGAUUUUAGCUUCUUCGAACAGAUAAUUCUGUCAGAUGAGAAUCAAACUCGAACGCACGUCCUGAACAGUUCUGUUAUGGAGAACAAUUUGGAUGUAAAUACAGACAUUUAUUCAAAAUUGAUUGUGACUGUCAUAUACGUGGUACUUUUUGCAGUCGGCUUUCUUGGUAACUCACUGACUCUUUACAUAUCGUUCAAAAGAAAAUCUGUAAAACAUCUUCAAGGUACGGUUCAUUACCAUCUGGUGAGUUUGGCCAUCUCAGACCUACUUAUACUUAUUCUGUGUAUGCCAGUGGAGCUGUACAGCUUCAUUUGGAUUCAUCAUCCGUGGGCGUUUGGUGAAGUUGCCUGCAGAGGUUAUUAUUUUGUCCGGGACGGCUGCUCUUACGCUACGUCAUUGAACAUCGCAAGUCUCAGCGUAGAGCGAUUCAUGGCACUUUGCCAUCCGUUUAAAGCCAAAAGUAUCAUGUCCCGAGGUCGCACCAGAAAGCUCAUCUCUGCACUUUGGAUCAUAUCACUUUUCUUCGCCUUACCCAUGCUUGCUACAAUGGGACAGAUUCACCUCGGAGGUGAGAGGAUCUGUACCACCAUUGUCUCCCAAAGUACUGCCAAGACCGUUCUACAGGUGAACGCCCUGUUGUCUUUUGUCAUGCCAAUGAUGGUUAUCUCUGUGAUGAAUGGGCUCAUUAGCCAGCAGCUCCAGGAGCUGUCCAAGCAGACUUUGGUCCCUCAUUACUACCUGUCUGCAUCUAGAAGCGGCAUGGACAAAACUCGCGUUCGGUCACUGCGGCAUGGGGUCAAUGUAUUGCGUGUGGUGGUCCUUGCUUUUGUAGUGUGUUGGCUGCCUUACCACAGCCGUCGUCUAAUGUACUGCUACGUCACAGACUGGUCCGUUGAGCUGUAUGACUUCUACCACUACUUUUACAUGGUCACAAACGUGCUCUUCUACGUAAGCUCUGCAAUCAACCCAAUCCUCUAUAACCUGGUCUCAAGUCACUACCGCAAGAUCUUUUUCUCUACUCUCGGCCACUUCCACUGUUGUCGUCAGAGAGGAGGCAACAGAAUUAGGAGGAGUAGCCACCAACAGCUGCAGCAGAUGCCUUCAUCCAUGGUUUUCCACCGGUCCAGUCGCCAGACUCUCUGCUCCACUAUUGCUAUGGAGGCCAUGUAA